CUCUAUCUCUCUCUCUCUCUCUCCUUCAUAUCCAAAUAUAUACUAAGCCUACACACUCAUUCAUCCAUAUAUAUAUAUACAAAUUUGUUGAAAGAAAAGGAUUAGAGUAAUUAAUGUCAGGAGUUUGGGUGUUCAAGAAUGGUGUUGUGAGGCUUGUGGAAAACCCUGGAGGAGAACCAAGCAAUGGGAAAAAGAAGGUUUUAUUUCAUGUUCCAAGUGAUCAAGUGAUAACUUCUUAUGAGAUGCUAGAGACCAAGCUUGCUGAGCUUGGAUGGGAAAGGUAUAGGAGUGAUUCACAGCUCCUUCAGUUCCACAAACACUCAUCUGUUCAUCUUAUUUCAGUUCCCAGUGAUUUCUCCAAGCUCAAGUCUGUUCAUAUGUAUGAUAUCGUCGUCAAGAGCCGUAAUAUCUUCGAGGUUCGCGAAGCUUGAUUUGCCGGAGAAGUUGAAUAUAUUGUUUAGUUUUGUGUUGCUUAAUUUCAUUCUUAAUUUUCUAUCUGCAUUGCGCUUCAUAUAUAGCAUGUGUAUAUAUAUAUAUAUCUGAUAUAUAUAUGCAUGCAAUAACUGGGACUAUAUAUAUAUGCAUGCAAUACGUGUUGUGUGUGUGUAUAUAUAUAUAUUUAUGUUUACUUUUGUUUCUUGGAAUUAAUGGGUGUGAGAAAUCAA